AUGAAUAGGGACUCGCACUCGCACACGAGCUCGGCGCGUUCGGCGACGACGAGGGCGUGCUUCGAUUCGAGCGCCGCGUGUCUGCGCAUCAAUCUCGCGUUGUCCAUCCGCUGCGAUCCAACAGUCGACCGAAGCCGCACAUUUUCGGCUUUAAGCUUGGCGUUCUCAACGAUAUUGGAAUCGUUGGAUACCUUCAGCUCGCUCGCGAGCUUAUUGAGAUGUUCCAUGCGCUUGAGCGUGUGCGAAGCUGACGCGCGCUCGGCGCUCAAUUGCGCGUCCAAUUUCCGCGCGUCCGCCACAAGUCGCGCUGAUUCCUCUUUGAACUUUGCUCUCUCGUUCUGCAGCUCAUUCGAAGACGUGCUCAACUUUACCACGAGCGUGCGUACGCGCGAAUCGAGCGCGCUACGCUGA